UGAAUGCCGCAAGUCGGGUACAGACGCCAUUAAAUGAACCGUUGCGUAUCGUUGCUGGUUUGUCAAAUUAUUGAUGCGGUGGUUUGAAUUGAAGUGCGAAGCUCCGCAUUUCCAAUAAUAUUCGUUUUUAUAUUGUAUAUUUUAAUUUAAGUAAAUGAAUUUGUAAUUUGUGUAAAGUUGAGUUUAUAUUAUUUGUCUUAAGUGCUUAUUUAGUUAAUCAUGGUUCUGGCGGAACGAAGUAAUGAUGUUCGAAACGGGAAGCGGUCGAGAGGGCCUAGCCCCAAUGGCCAUGGAAGUCCAGAUUCCAGUUCUGAGGAUGAAAAUGUAGUGCCAUUUGCAGCUGAGAAGAUAAGAGUAGGGCGGGAUUACCAGGCGGUGUGCCCCGAGCUCGAACCCUUGGAACAGCGAAGACCUGAACUCAUUUCUGACAGAGCGUUGCUUGUGUGGUCACCUACUUGUGACAUAUCUGAUUCCAAAUUGGAUGAAUACAUAACUAUAGCUAAAGAAAAAUAUGGAUAUAACGGUGAACAAGCACUUGGUAUGUUAUUCUGGCAUAAACAUGACUUAAAUCGGGCCUCAAUGGAUUUGGCGAACUUCACACCCUUUCCGGAUGAGUGGACAGUGGAGGAUAAAGUGCUGUUUGAGCAAGCAUUCCAGUUUCAUGGCAAAAGCUUUCACAGAAUUAGGCAGAUGUUACCUGACAAAUCAAUAGCAUCAUUAGUUAAAUAUUACUAUUCAUGGAAAAAAACAAGAGCACGGACUUCACUGAUGGAUGUGGUUGGUGAAGGUCGCACAGCUACAGGAUCAGGCACAGGCAAGCGGGACUCCGGUGCCGGGUCGGAGCCUGGAGGCUCGGACAAGGAGUCUGAUAAUGAUGAGAAGAAGUGGACUAUCCAUCGUGGUAUUGUCCGCGGCAGCAGGUCGCCCGGCUCGACGACGCGCAGCGAGCGCAGCGGCUCGCAAGGCGCCCAGGGCGAGACUGGCGGCGAGGGCGCGGGCAAGUGGUGCUCGGUGUGCGGCAUUCAAUGCUCCCAGAUCACGGCGCACAACUCGCAAAAGCUGUGUCAGGCCUGCCUCGUGCACGCCAGACGCACGGGGACGAUGAGACCGCUCUGUGGCCCGUCGGGGCGGCGCGGGCCCGGCUCCAAACAGCAGCGAUACAAGCACCGGCUGCCGAGAGGCAUUUACAUCAAUCAUGAUGAUCUGGUUGCCAUGGCGACCGGCCCGCAGCCCGGCGAGCCUUCGCAGCCCGGGCUCGUCAAUCAGGGCGAGGCGAUGCUCAAAGCCAUGGACAGAGAAAUUAUAUCUCUCAAGAGACAAGUGCAACAGAAUAAGCAGCAAUUGAGUGCAAUGAAGCGUAAAGUUGGAGACAGUGGCGUUGAGGAACUGAGGCCUGGUGAGCCUCCGGCCAAAAUUAACUCACGUUGGACUAAUGAUGAGCUAUUAAUGGCUGUGACAGCAGUUCGGAAAUACGGCAAAGACUUCCAGGCCAUCGCAGAGACACUGGGCACGAAGACCGAAGCGCACGUACGCACGUUCUUCAUCUCGUAUCGCCGACGAUACAACCUGGACGCCGUGCUGCGAGAGCACGAGGCAGACCGCGGCAACGCUAACCACAUACCCGCAGGAACCACAAGCACGGAAAACGCUGAAAGUGCCGUUGAUAACGCUAAUGCUAACAAUGGGACAUCUUCCCCACAAAUCACAUCUAAGGAUGAAAAAACGGAAGUAGACAGCGAGGGCGUGGCCAUCGGCGCGCCGGCGGAGCAGGGCGGCCCGCCCACCACGCCGCCCAAGCACAAGCCCACCAAGUGAUGCCGCACCACCACCACCACCACCACCACCACCACCACCACCACCACCACCACCACCA